AUGCAGAGUGCGCUCGUGGGCUCCUGGCACAACAAUGGCUUCUAUGGGCACUACCGAGGCCAGUUCAAGAAUGAGAUCGCCCUCCAAUACCGCCUGGCGGCCAAGCCCCAGCCCCCCAUGGUGUUCCUGCAGCGAUGCAAGGAGCCGGUGCGGCAGCACUUCUUCUCCAAGCACGACAACCGCACGUCCUUCGACAAAGAGGGUCCCUACUGCUUACUGCAGGGCAUCGGGAGGCGGAAAGACUUGGCCCGCUUGUAUCAGAAGCACACCUUCCUGCAGUGGGCCUCCAGCGAGCUGGAGCUGUGCCAGCAGCGGCCCCUGGAAUCCUCCUACCAGUCCACCUUCCGCUUAAGCCCAGGACCCAGUGACCCCCCUCAGCGCCUCGUCCACUUUGUGCAGAUCCAGUCUCCCCGCACCCGUACCACCUACCAGCAGAACUUCUGCCAGCCGUCCCAGAGCGGCCUCUGUGGCGGCGACAGCGGGGACCCCCAGGCCCCCAGCCCCAGCCCGCCGACUAACCUCCCAAAGAUCCCCACGCCCAAACGGCUGCAGCAUUACCUCCAUGCCGGGGUCUCCGAGUGUCUAAAUUGGUCCAGAGCAUUAAACAAUGGCUGA